AUGGCCCGCGACCCGGUCUCCCUCCCCCUCCUGGUCUACUUCUCCGGCAUCGACGGCUCCGGCAUGGCGGCCGCCCGCCAGUUCCCCUCCCUGCUCGCCAUGUUUGACAUGCGGCACCUGCUCACCGCCCGCGCCGACCACACCCCCUUUGCCGACAUGGUCGGCCUGGUGGUGAGCCAGCUGGAGGCGGAGGUGGGCACCGCGUCGCCUGCGCGCCCGGUGUACCUCCUGGGGGAAUCCUUUGGCGGCCUCCUGGCCCUCGCCGUGGCCGCAGCUGCGCCCCACCUCGUCGACAGGCUGGUCCUGGUCAACCCCGCCACAAGUUACCCUCGCUCCAUCUGGCCCAUGGUGGCGCCCUAUCUUCUUCAGACCCCCCCGGCGCUGUACAAGUCCGUGCUCCCCCUGGUCAUGGCCCCGCUGAUCGGCAACCCGGUCAGCCUGCUGGCGGCCGGCGUGCGGGACGGCGCGGGGCAGGAAAGCGCGGCGCGGCAGGCCGCCGCCCUGCUCCAGACGGCGCGCACGCUGUGGGCCCAGCUGCCGCGCCUGGCCGACGUGCUGCCGCAAGAGACCCUGGCGUGGAAGCUGGAGCUCAUCCGCCAAGGCUGCGAGCACGUGGGCCCCCUCCUUCCGCGCAUCGGCCAGCGCUGCCUGAUCCUGAUGGGCACGCGGGACAUGCUCAUCCCCUCCGGCUCCGAGGGUCCGCGCCUGGCCCGCCUGCUGCCGCGCGCGCGUCUGAAGGCGCUGGAGGGCGCCAGCCACUCCGCGCUGCAGGAGAUGAGCCAGGGCCUGGGCGCGGUGCUGGAGGAGGAGGGCUUCUACAUCCGGCACAGGCGCCUGUCCGCGCCGCUGGAGUCCAGGGCCAGCCCGGGGGGUCGUGGGGAGGCAGGCCCCGUAGAGGUCCCCGGCGUAGCCGAGAUCGACAGGUACGCCGCCAGCGCCACCAGGCUGACGCGGCGUCUGACCAGCCCGGUCUUCCUUUCCACCUGCGCCACCACUGGCCGGCGCACGCUGUCCGCCGACCUGCCGGUGCUGUGCGAGGAGGUGCUGCGCCAGACUGGCGUGCUGCUGCGGGGCCUGGCGCACCCCCUGCUGUCCCACGAGGCCGAGGCGGAGCCGCGUGAGGCGCGCCCGGCAGGGCCCUGGGACGCGCUGAGUAUGCUGGGCGGGGCGGCCCUGACCCCGGGCGGGGGCAGGGGCAGCUCCUUCUCGCAGAUGCUGGAGACUUUCGGCGCGGUGCGGGUGUCGCCCCGGAACAUGUUCCGCCUACUGAGCAAUGGGGAGGCCAUCCUCCUGUUUCCAGGCGGAAUGCGCGAGGCAUACAAGGGCAGGGGGGAGGAGUACCGCCUGUUCUGGCCGGACAGAUCAGAGUUUGUGAGGAUGGCGGCCCGCUUUGGGGCCACCAUCGUGCCCUUCGCCGCGGUCGGCAUCGACGACAGCCUCAACAUCCUGCUGGAUCCCUCCCAGGUCCAGGCGUUGCCCUUUGUCGGCGAUGCCCUGCGCCGGCGGCAGGCUUUGCUGCCACAGGCGAGAUCUGGCCCGAUGGCAGAUGCGGGCUGGUCUGAUGGCUUCGUGCCGCCCGUUUCGAUCCCCCGUGGUGCGCCGCAGCGACUGUAUUUCCUGUUCCAGGCUCCCAUCCACACCGACCCCAGCGAGGCGAGGGAUCGCCAAGCCUGCGACGCCCUGCACUCCCGCAUCAAGGGCUCGGUGCAGGAGGGCAUCGACUUCCUGCUCCAGGCUCGGACCGGCGACCCGUAUGCCGCGGCCACGAGCCGCCUGCUGCGCGAAUCACUGCAUCCUGGUCAGCCGGCGCCGACCUUCCCGCUCUAG